GACACAAGGUUCUUCAACUCCAGCAGCCAUGGCAGAGAGACGCAUCCCCUUCACCCUGCUCCGCACCCCCAGCUGGGACCCCUUCCGGGACUGGCAGAGUAGCCGCAUCUUCGACCAGGCCUUUGGGAUGCCAGCUCUGCUGGAGGACUUCCCCCCGAUGCCGACCACACACUGGCCCGGCUACAUCCGCCCCUCGAUGCUGGCCCCGGAACUGAACGCAAUGAUGCCCCACACCCCCAUGAUGUACCCCAGCGCCCUGAUGGCCCAGCAGGCCAGAGCCCUGUCCCGGCAGGUCAGCAGCGGCAUGUCGGAGAUCAAGCAGACCCCGGAGGGCUGGAAGGUGUCGCUGGAUGUCAACCAGUUCUCGCCCGAGGAGCUGGUGGUCAAGACCAAAGAUGGGGUCGUGGAAAUCACAGGUAAACAUGAGGAGAGGAAGGACGAGCACGGCUUUGUGUCCAGGUGUUUCACCAGGAAAUACACGCUUCCAUCAGGGGUCAACAUUGAGAAGGUCACCUCGUCCCUGUCUCCGGAAGGCUUCCUGACCGUGGAGGCUCCGUUGCUGAAACCGGCCAUCGAGUCGGCAGAGACCACAAUACCUGUCACCGUGGAGAAGAAGGGAGACGUGGUGAAGAAGUAGAGCGCGUCUUCUCCUCAGAACUGUAGUUGCGCUACACUGCACUUGGCCACAAGAUGGCGCCCUUGCGCUUCUUCCACCUCUGUGACGUGAAACCUGAACGUGUUUUGCUGCUGUGGUCGUCUGAAUGGUUUUAAUAUUCAUAGUCAGAGUUGGAUUUCUCCCAACAGCCGCGCAGUAUGUUCUGACCGUAGCACCAGGAAACAAGCAUCACUUGUGAAACAUUCUGUCAAUAAA